AUGUCCACCAGCAACGAAACUACUACGUCCUUCACCGUCAAUGGCCAAACAUAUCAGACCUGGUAUAGAGUUUACGGCGACCUCUCCACUCGCACCCGUACCCCACUCGUCGCACUGCACGGCGGUCCAGGUCUUGUCUCCGAUUACCUCGUUCCACUGCAAGGCCUCGCCACGUCUUAUGAUAUCCCUGUCAUCGUAUACGACCAGAUAGGGAACGGGCGCUCUUCUCAUAUCCGUGACAGAGCGGACUCCCCGUCAUUCUGGUCUCUCGAUCUCUUCCUUGACGAACUCAACAAUCUUCUUCUACAUCUUGGCAUCCAGGACAGGUUCGAUCUCUGGGGCCAUUCGUGGGGCGGCAUACUCUCUCUUGAGUACGCUAUCCGGCAGAAGUCGACGGGACUAAAACAUCUCAUCCUAUCCGACUCGCUCCCCUCGGUGGGACUAUGGGGCCAAUCGAGCAUGCAGCUUUUGCAGAAGUUUCCUGAGGAUGUUCAGGAGGGGAUGAUGAAAGGGAUGGCUAAUCCGACGAAGUACUUGGAUGCGUUGAAGAAGUUCCAUGCGGUACAUGGGUGUACAGUUGUGCCGAUGCCGGAGGAGGUUGUCAGGACUUUGGAAGGGGCCUUUGGGGAGGAUGGGGAUCCAUCCGUCGCGCUUGCUCUGAUGCAACCGAGCUCGUGGUUCUCCACCUGGUCAGCCAUCGACCGUCUUCACCAAAUUGAUAUUCCUACCCUUGUCAUCAAUGGUGCGAACGACAUAUCUCAGGAUUUCGUCGUUGAGCCGAUGGUGGAGAAAAUUCCUGGUGCGAAGUGGGUGAAAUUUCAGGAGUCGAGCCACAUGCCGUUUUGGGAAGAGAGUGGGAAGUAUAUGAGGGUAGUCGCCGAUUUUGUAGAGGUUUGA